UUUCUAUGUCAGCCACACAAACUUCAGCCACCAAACGCAUUCAGUUCCAUUCACUGAGCCACAUUGUAGGCCUCCCAGCGGCCGCAAUGCAUGAAUUAAAAGAUGGACGAUGCAGCACAAAUUUGUAGUAUUCCCCUCUCAAAUAUAGAUCACGCAACUACAACACCUGAACAACCGAUUCGCCUCGCCGUCUCUUAGGCGUUUGUUUAGUGUUUUCCCAUCUUCGCAAGAGAUUUCUUCAUAAUGGAUCAAGCCGCCUCGGACAUCUCGACCUGCUCAACAGACGACUGUCCCACGCCCACUUCUACUAUUAUGACAGACACCAUGUUUGCUGAUAAGAAGGACAUCGUGGUUCCCAUCGCUGCAGCUCCACACGUCGAGCAUCAUCUCGUAGCGAACAGGUCAUUCAUGAUUCGUACGAGACAAAAGCCACACCUUUAUCUUACUCUUGAACAUGGCGAGUUAAAAUUGCUAGAGAAUAUUACGGUCGGAGGGGGCUGGCUCUGGUACUGUUUCAAGAAUUGCGGAUGGUACGGCUUUCGUAAUACCGUCUCUGGCACGUACCUCGGGCACGCGUGGUGGGAUGACAGACACAGGCUUCUAGCAAAUGCUCCUCACCACAGAGCUGACGAAUAUUUCAUAGCAGAUAGGCAAACAGAUGGCGGUUAUACACUUUUAGCGCGGAAGGAUGAUCAAUUGUUGCCGGUAGUCAUUUCGGAGUUUCAUAUGCUGCUUGGGCAAGCAGAGGAGGCAAAUGGGACGGCGUGGGAAUUCGUUGAUACCAAGUUUAUUAACAUGCAGGUUCUUUUGAAACAUCUCUGAAUCUUCAUUUAGGUAGGCUGGUAUGGAAACAUAUCGGCAACGCAACAAGAUUGAUUCACACAAAGCAGACAAGGCAAUUGUUCUUUUCAACAGAAUAUAAAAACUUUGAUAUCAUAUUACUCGCAACGCAAAAUAAAACACUAUAUAACCC